AUGACUUCCCGGGAAAUGCAUGAUGGCCUUUGGCCCGCAGUUAUGGAAUUUCUCAAUCAGAAUGAUCUCUUGAUAUUAGCACAGACCAGCAAAAAGUUGUCAAAGGUAUCCCUUCAAAAUCUUUAUGGCAGAAUUGUUAUAUCAAAAGAGCCGGUGAUGAGGUCUGAUGAGUGGUUUUUGGAUUGCAGCGCUAACUACGUCUCAGGGUACAGGUCGACGAAGAAAACGCCUGACCAAAACGACAUCUUUUUAUAUGACCGCAUAAAGCGUUUGACAGAGAGCUCGCAUCUUGCACUCGUGAAGGAGUUAGUAAUCCAAGAGGAUGUUUUUUAUGAUCGUGAGUCAGGGUUGCCUGUCUUACAAGCGCUCAUUGACAGGUUGCUGGAACUGGAUCAAGUUGAAGUUCUCGACAUCAGGGAUAGUGCGUUGUUUGAACAUAAUUAUUCCAAGAUUUUAGAACUCACGCAUCUCAGAAAGUGUCGGGUUGUCAAUAUUGGGGACCUUGGUAAACUGCGAUCGCUGCCUCGCAUCAAGUCCCUUGAGAUAUCGCUGACGCAUCCCGACUUCAAGCCUCGUUGCUUAUCCGACGAUGUGAAAAAAAGCCUCUCCGACACCGUUGUGGAACUCACUGUGGAUGACCUUGAGCAUUCUAGUUUACGUCUGUUCCAGUACUUUCAUAAAGAGGGUAUGAGGCUAGGCCAUGUAACUUCUUUGAAGUUCAAUCACGUUCACGGUAUUCACGACUAUAAUAAAACUAUGCGUGAACUUACCACCAUCUUUCUGAAGGAUGUUUUCGAUUUGAAAAAAAUAGAGAGCCUUGAGCUUGAGGGGUCUUGUGAAGCCUCUGAUUGCACCUGCUUCAAUGACUUUCUUAUGGACAUGGCGCCAGAGCUGGUGAGUGUGAGAAGUCUUGGCCUUAUUGAGAAGAACUUUGUCACUCAGGGUGACCACAAUACGGAAGAGGAAUGGGACUUGACGAUUAACAGGUUCAUUCUACACAUACCUAAAGUUUCUGAGCGCCUCAAAAACCUCACAGUUCGCCACAAUCCUCCACUUAACGGCAUUACUGUCGACUCUGUUGAAGGAAACUACAUCCGGAGAAGGACCUUAUAUGAUAAUGUACUACCCAUACUAACAAACUUGCAAACUCUUGUUGGCCCAACUUUCCUUAAAUCUCUUUCAGCUUAUGAGAUUUUAGUUUGCGACUUGUUGUGGAAUGGCUGCGAAUGCAGCUUUUGCGCUAAGGUUCUACCGGUCAUUGAUCAAUACAUCAUGAAUCAUCAAUACUACUCUUUCCCUGAUGGUUCUUUCAAAGAUGUUAUACCCACUGUCUUUUUUGCAUACACUGGAGACGCGCUUUCACGCCGCUUCAUUACGGAGACUGAUUGGGAUUUAAAGACGCUUGCCACAUGCCCCGUGUCACAUGUUUGGGAUCUUCAUGGUUAUGAGAGCCUUCAGCACUUCAAGAAUUUUGAUUGCUUCUUUGACGAAUCUGUCUUUAUGGCCCUCACUAAGUGUGUCUCGCACUUUUUCAAUACCUACAUGGAUCAUUUGGUUAAGUUUAUGCCAAAUAUGCGGACUUGUGUUUUGUCUGGCGUCUACUAUUCGGUAGAUGAGCAAGGGAAGUACAAGUCUAUUUACGAUUAA